UCAGUCUGAGAACUUGAUAAUAAUUGUGUUUUGUCAUAAAUUAGACAGAAUCAUUAAAAUUAUUGUCCAUUCAAAACAAUGCUGAAAUGUCCAAUCAUUCUUCUAAAAGCUUGGAAGAAAUAAAGAAAUACGAUGAAAAACAAGACUCAAAUAAAAAUAAGGUAUAUUCGCAUUCAACUUCUGAUCUGAAGAGAAAGAGGAGUUUACGGAGUGAUAUUCAUACUGACGAAUUGAAUGGGAAAUAUUCAAAUUACGAUGUGAAAAGACGCAAGAAAGAGGAACAAAAACAAACCACUCCUGACGAUGUACCGUCUUGUAAAGCUAAAACAAACUACAAAAAUGGUAUAGGGUAUAUAAUCGAAGAAUGCAAAGCAUAUUUUUCUGCUAUUUACCAUUGCGAUAUUCUUUCAAUCGAUAUAAUUCAUUCAGCAUAUUCAGAUUUACAUAGAGGUUUGAAACGAUUGAACGAAGACUUAGGACCUUUAUUAUCAAACUGGGAUGAUGAAGAAAAUGAGGCAUUGAAAGUACAAUAUUUGAAUAUAAUCAAAAUCCAUCUUUAUUGUUACACACAAAUGAUCAUAAUACUUGAAUCUAAGGAAGAAGAAAAACACAUGAAGAGUUUAAAAUUGAAAAAAGAAAAGAAAAAACCUGAAAGCCCUUUUUAUAUGGAUAAAAAGCAAGUUAUUGUUCAACUCUAUACCUUAAUACAACAUGAAAUCAAGAACUUCUGGACUCCACCAAUAGUAGAGGGAACAUUUAUUAAUUUAAUAUCUGAAAUUUGCUAUCGAUUUCUACAAAACUCUUCUAUCAAAGGGGAGAAGAAUGUUUUAACUGAAAUAUGGGGAUUCUUAGGCACAUUAAUCAAGGAUCAUAAUCAUGGAAACUCAUUUGUGAUUAGAAUUGUGGAACUUAUAAAGUUACAUGAGCAUCUUGUUUAUUGUUUACCAGAAGGGUUUAAAUUUUUGGUAGAGAAUUACAACUGUAAUAGUAUGAUACACAAAAUCAUUCAAGAGGUGACAGAAUGGCAGACAGAUGAAAAUUACCAUGAUGCACAAGGUGCUCGUUAUUGUUCAUCUUUAUUGGUUGAAAUGGCCAUACUUAUGCCAGAUCUUAUGUUACCAGAAGUAAUGUAUUUGACCAGAUAUCUGGAUCAUGAUUCUCACACAUUGAGGAAUUGUGUAUUGUCAGUAAUCACUGAAGUUAUUUCUAAAGUUUUGACCAACCAUGAGCUUUCAGAGGAGGAGAGAGAAUUUCGUGAUGAAUUUAUAGCUAUUUUGAAGGAUCAUAUAGGAGAUGUAUCACCAUUAGUACGAACUAAGGUUUUUCAGCAAUGGGCGCGUUUGCAGGAAGAGAAUGCCAUUCCUUUAAAAAACCAGAAUGAGAUCUUAGAAUUGGCUAUUGACCACUUGAGGGACAAAGGUGCCCUUGUUAGGAAGAGUGCAGCAAGCUUGGUCACAAUAUUUUUGGCACAUAAUGCCUUCAGCUAUGAUUUGAAACUUUGCGAACGUAAAAAAAAUGUUGAAAUGGCUGAAGCUGAAAUCAAAGAAUUAGAAGAGGAAAUUCAAAAGAUUUUUCAGGAUUACAGUAUAGAAAUGGAGACCAAAUGGAAUGCAGUUAAGGAUGAUAUUAUGGCGGUAGUCACAAAAGAAUUUGAAGAAGAGACGCAAGCAGUAGAUAUUCCAGAGGGUGUUGAAGACAUUCCCGAACUAAUUAAAAUGUAUUUAGAGGAGAAGGAUUACAAGAGUGCUAUUAAAUUGUGUCGAUCUGCUGAAAAUGUACCCAUAUGGAAGAAAACUUUAGAAGAACUUGAAGGAUCAGAUAAGGUGGAACUCACGUUGGUAUUACUUAAAAGUACCUUUUUAAAACCAAGCAACAGUAAAAUGGAGCAACUUUACAAGAAACUGGGAAUUCUCAAAGAAAAAGCUGAAUAUUUAAGAGAUACUGUUACUUUUUUAACCCUUAUUGAUUCUGCAAUUGAAUACAUGGUGAAAUUGUUGGAGACACCUACUAUUGGAGAACUCCAUGAAGCUGUACAGUUUCUGACCACUGCAUAUCAAUUCAACAUUGAUAGAAGCAUGAUGGGUAUAGUAGAAAUGUUAAGAAUCAUGCAGAGAAAUGAACAAGAAAGAAAAGACGCCAUAGUGAAGGCAUUUCAUUCCAUCUAUUUGGUAACAGAUGCUAAGAAUAUUACGGACCAUGCUAUGAUAAUAGUAAAACGUUUAAUACAGUUACUGAAGUACAUACCUGUCAAUAAUUUGGGAGAUUUUCAGAAUGUUUUGGCAGAAUGGGCUAAGAAAGGUCUUAUAGAUAACAGUGUCAUUGACAUGUUAUGGCAAUAUUUCACUAACAAAUUACCCACUUCCGAAGAGGAUAGAAGAGCCUCUUUAGAAUUACUUAGAAUGGCUGCUAUCAAGAGAAUUUCUAUAAUAAAGAAAAAUAUAAAACUUAUUUCAGCCAUAGCAUUUGAAAAGAAAGACGAUAAAGUACAAAAAGACAUGCUACUUGUCGGUUCAGCUUGCAAAGCUUUAGCAGUUGUGGGAAGGGAAAAGAUAGAUAUGAAUUCUAAUGAGCCACCUUUCAAGAUCAAUGCAGACGAUGAAGUUUUUCAGUCUCUGUUGGAGAUCAUGUCAGUAAAUUUCUUUGAAAAUGUUCAUUAUUAUAGCAAUGCUAUAUCGAGCGCCAUUACUUGUGUUUAUAAGGUUUGCUCUAAACCAGAGACGGUUUGCGAAAACCUGCUGAAGAAUAUUAUAGGCACAAUAAUCGAUAAAAAAGAAAAACUAUUGUCUGAAUUCCAAUUGGUCCGCUUUUGUCAAUUACUGGGUUGUAUUGCUGUUAGUCAUCUGGAUUACAUGGAUAAUAUUCUAUACAAAGAACUGAAAAGAAGGAAUAACAUGAGAGAGAAGAAUAAAAAGAAUGACCAUCGCCCAUCUAAGAAUAUUUCUAAGAUAAAUGAUUCUGUACUGAAUCAUACGAAUCCUCAUGAGGAUUCUAUCCUAGAGGGAGCCCAAGCAGAGGACUCCGAUGCUGAAUUCAUUCUGAGUGUUUUAGAAAAUGACACCGUCAAUGGUUCAGGUUUACUUGGAAAGCUUUCUUUCAUCAUCAAAAACAUUUGUCAGAGACCAGAUAUAUAUAAUAAUCCCAUUACACAGGGCGCGGCUGUUAUAGCCUUGAUCAGGUUUAUGUUAGUUUCAAGUAGAUUUUGUGAAGAAAGUAUGCAACUUUUAUUCACAAUUUUUGAAAAAACAACACAUGCAGAUCUUAAAUGCACAAUUUUAUACCAUUGUUCAGACCUACUCACAAGAUUUCCAAAUAUUGUUGAGCCGUGGACUCCCAGAAUCUAUCAGAGCCUUAUGGAUUCUUCAUCAGACAUAAGAAAAGCCACUUUCUUCACUUUGUCCAAUCUGAUCUUAAGGGACAUGAUCCGAAUACAGGGACACAUAUCGACCAUGGCAAAAUGUAUUAUAGAACAAGACAAAGAACUGAAUACUAUGAGCAGAACUUUCUUCAUUCAGUUGUCACAAAAAGAAAAUAAUCUGUACAAUGUUUUACCUGAUAUUUUUUCUCAUCUUGUAGAAACUACGGAAACUGAAGAUUUGAGAGUUAUAAUGAGGUUUUUAUUCGAUCUGAUGGACAAGAAGAAGUAUAUGGAGAAUCUUGUGGAACGAUUUUGUUGCAAGUUUCAAAUGACAGAAAACAUGAAUAUCUGUAGGAACAUCAUGUACUGCCUAACAUUAAUCACCUACAAUGAGAAAGCUUUGAGAAAGUUACAGGAAAAUUUUCCACUUUACAAACAUUUGGUACAUGAUGAUGAAAUAUACACACAACUGAAACAAAUUCUCAGUAACUGUAACAAACAGCAAAUUGGAAAAGCAGAUCUAAAGCCUAUCAUCACUGAAAUUGAACAGACCUUAGAGGGUGUCUUUGAAAUAAUGGAGGGGGAUCAGAGACCCCCUCCCCGUCCUGCAAUAGUUAAUCGAAGAAACACUAAGAAAACAGCACCUAAGAAGAGUAACACAAGAAAGGCCAAGCGAAAAAAGGAAAGCAGUGAAGAAGAUGAAAGUGAAUAGAAUAUGCCAAAAUUUUCCAUUGAAAAAAUUGCUGAAAAUCUAAUAAAAAUUAUUUUGUUUAAAAAA